CCAAGAAAUGGGUAAAAUGGAAACUCCCAUCGCUCCCGUGUGUGUAUCUUCCUACUUAUAGCGAUGAUCUAACUUUAUUCAUCCCUCGCUAGCAGUGGCUUGUCGUCGUCUUCCUCCUUUCCUUCGUCACCUCAACUCAAAAGUACCCUUAAGCGGUGAAAUAACGAUUCCUCACCUCAAUCUACCACUUCUUCCAUCCACAACCUUCACCAGCCGACAAACCUCAAACCUCAAAAUACAACUACGAAAGAGAAAGAGAACACAAACCACAACGCAAAUCAUUGCUAUUUCACUCUUCCCCCGUUACCCUACCGACGGGAAACCCGGCCGUUUGUCUCAUUCCAUUGUAUCGCCUUCGUCAACACCCACCAACUCUCCCUCAGCCACCUCUCCUUUAGUCUCGGUCUUUACUCUCCGUCAACUCCUUCCCCUCCUUCAACUUUCCCUCCAUACACUUUACCUUGAUAUUCCAAAAUCAGUCUGUCCGAAUCUGCCAUGUCUCAUGCACGUGCUUCUACCCAGUCUCAACGCUUUGCCCAGUUUAAGCUUGUCCUUCUAGGCGAAUCUGCUGUUGGCAAGAGCUCUUUGGUACUUCGGUUUGUUAAAGAUCAAUUCGAUGAUUAUCGGGAAAGCACAAUUGGUGCUGCAUUCCUUACACAGACCAUAGCUCUGGAUGAAACCACUACCAUCAAAUUUGAAAUAUGGGACACCGCUGGUCAGGAACGCUAUAAGUCAUUGGCGCCCAUGUAUUACCGUAAUGCCAAUUGCGCUGUCGUGGUCUACGACAUUACUCAGGCUUCUUCGCUAGAUAAAGCCAAGGCGUGGGUCAAGGAACUCCAACGUCAGGCAAAUGAGAAUAUUGUUAUUGCGUUGGCUGGUAACAAGCUUGAUCUUGCGCUGCCAACAGGUUCUCCUUCGAAACGAGCUGUUGAAACUGCUGAGGCUGAAGCGUAUGCGCGGGAAGCUGGCCUCCUCUUCUUUGAGACCUCAGCAAAGACCGCCGAAAACGUCAAGGAACUCUUUACUGCUAUCGCAAAGAAGCUGCCGUUGGACCAACAAGGGCCUAGGGGCACAACAAGAACCGGUGCUGCUGGUGGUCGAGGCGUCAACUUGAGUGGUGCGAAUGCAGCACAACAGGGGUGUAAUUGCUGAGUGACCCCAGGGUCAUGUGUACAUGGAUGGGAUCAAUGGUGUUCUUUUGUGAUUUUUUCUCUCUUUUUCCUGUUUGCCUAGUCUCUCUGUUUGGUAGUCAUCUUUUAUAUUGGUGGACCUGUGUGGGAUCCUAUACUGUGGCCGGUAAACGAAGGAUUGUAGUAAUGACAUCUUGGAACGGCAAUGGCUGUGACAGUUUGAGGGGAGAUACGCAAUGCUGUUUUUUA